UUAUCAUUCAUUUAUUGUGAUUAUUAGUCAUUCGUAUGGUCAUCUAAAAACAAUUUUUUCUCCCUUAUUUUCGGCCACCGAAUCUAUUAUAUCCUCAUCUUUAUAAGACAAACAAUAAACAAGAAUCGAUAUAUUAAUCUUCGUCAAAAAUUCUUCAGAAUUUUUCCGCUAUUUUUCAUCAAAUUAAUCAUUCGAUUUAUUGAUUAAUCACCAAAAUUUAGCCAACAUAAUUAUCAUUCGACAAUAUAUCCAGCAUUUUUUUUUUUUUUUUUGGUACAUCAUUGUCUAGUCUUGUAGCAGUUUUUUCCAUGUAUAAAUAGGAAAUAAUUUUUUCCCAUUCAUUACAUUCAUUCAUCUGAUAACAGAAACUGAUCACCCUUUUUUCACUAGAAAUUUGAUCUAUAUUUGAAUCGUGUACUUGAUUGCUGUAUAUUACAAAACAAAACAAUUAUAACGAACAAGAAUCAAAUCAAAUCAACAACAACAAACACACAAUAACAUUCAACAAAGCAGAAAAACAUUGUUGCCAAAAAUAAUUCUUCCCUUGUCUCGCCAUACUUACUUGGAAGUUAUAUUUUUUUUUGUCGCCAGAUUAUUUAUGUAUCGUAUAUACGUUUUUCUUUACACUUUAAUCAUCGGUGAACGCAUCUGACAUUGAAAUCUAUCUUAAACCAAUUGUGUGAAGUCAAGCCAAAAUUUCUGGCUCAAGUUCGUCUAUACAAAUAUAGUCGAAAUCGAUCAUCACAUACAACACACACACACACACACGUCGAUCAAAUCAUCCCGAUUUUAUCAUCUUACCAUAUAUAAAACGAUCGAUUUGCUCAUUUUAAUUUUAAUUUGCUUGUUUAACGCACACACAUCGUACAUUGUUGAAUUAGUUUGCUUACAUUUCAUCGAAAAAAAACUUAUAUUUAUUUAUUAUUAUAUGAUUAAUAAUAAGCAUAAACGACAACAGCUAUCCUCUUUGAAUAAUAAUCAUAAAAAUUAUCAAGAAACGAUAAAAGAAAAAAAUAACAGCCGUCAAUUGCCCACAACAACAUCGAUAAUCAAAUCAUCAACGAAUUCAAUUACAAAUCAACAACAAUACCAGGAGUGAAUAAAAGACAGCGACAAAAUGCCUGGAUCAACUAGAUCAUCAACAUCACCUACAACCACCACCACUCAUCCAACUUCAUCUAAAAAAAUGGGUUCCAAAAUUUUGGCCACCAUUUUAAUCACAUUGAUCAAAAUUUUCGCAUUCUUGUAUAGCGUCUUAUCGUUACCAAUCUAUUACUAUGUUCAAAAACCAUGGUUGAUUGUGGAUAAAAGCUGCAAGCCAAAAGCACGAAAAUUGGAUCCUUCAACUCCUUAUAGUCCGUGGGUUCGUUGUACUGGUGAACCAGCACCUAGUUUGAUUGAUGAUUGUGAAACUAUACAUCAAUUAUUUGAUCGCGUUGUACAACGUUUUGGCUCGAAUCCAGCAUUCGGUUAUCGACCUACAAUUGAAGAGACGGAAGAUGUUCAAUCAAAUGGUCGUGUAUUUCGCAAAUUCGUUUUAGGCGAUUAUCAAUGGAUGACCUAUAAUGAAGCUAAAAAACGUAUCGAUAAUAUUGCAUCAGGAUUCAUUCAACAAGGUAUUAAACAUGGUGACAUUGUAAUGAUCAUGUCGGAUACGCGUGCUGAAUGGUUAAUGUCAGCAUUGGCUUUGAGUAAAAUUGGUGCUACGGUUGCAACGUUAUACGCGACUCUUGGUGUUGAUGGUAUCAUACACGGUGUGAAUGAAACUGAAUGCACACACAUCGUUACCAGUCAAGAUCAGAUGUCAAAAUUGUUGAAAGUCUUGCCAAAAACACCGCUAGUAUCUCGAAUUAUUUAUUUUCCCAGUAUCAAAAAGAUGGCCACAACUUUUCCACCAGAAGUUAAGAUUGUUUCAUUCGCUCAACUGGAACAGCAAGGCCAAUCUCAACCAUUAGCAUCGACUUUGCCGAAAAUUCGUUCACAAGAUACAGCUAUCAUUAUGUACACGUCUGGAUCAACUGGAAUACCAAAAGGUGUUAUGAUCUCACAGCGAAAUGUUCUUGCAUCGGCCAAAGCUUACCAUGCUAUUGCAUACAUAAUGAAAGAAGAAUAUCGCUAUUUCGCCUACCUACCGUUAGCUCAUGUCCUCGAAUUGGCAGGUGAAUUUUUCUUCAUGUCAGUUGGCAUGUCUAUUGGCUAUGGUACUCCGUUGACUAUGACUGACAAAUCGACUGGAAUCAAAAAAGGUUGCCCCGGUGAUCUCACACUUUUGAAACCAACAGUUGUCAAUGGUGUUCCAUUGGUAUUGGAUCGUAUAUCGAAAGGCAUUCAAGAAGAAAUUGAUGCAAAAGGCGAAUUUGCCAAACAAUUGUUCGAUUUUGUUAUCAAUUACAAACGAUAUUGGACGAAACAAGGUUAUCGAACUCCGAUUAUUAACGGGUUGGUUUGUAACAAAAUCAAACAAAUUAUGGGCGGUAAAAUCAAAUAUCUUGCCAUCGGUGGUGCACCUCUUCGAAGUGAAACCCAUGAAUUUUUCCAAGCUUGUCUAGACGUUCAAGUAUUGCAAGGAUAUGGUCUAACUGAAUGUGCUGCUGCCGGUACCUUGAUGGACCUUGAUGAAUUAUCAACUAGUCGUGUCGGUGCACCAUUGUAUGGAACCCAGGUACGAUUAAUCGAUUGGGUCGAAGGCAAUUAUCGGGUAAUGGAUAAGCCAUAUCCACGUGGUGAAAUCGUUGUCGGUGGUCCAAUGGUUACUAAAGGUUAUUUCAAAAACGAUCGACUCACUCAAGAAUCCUAUCAUGAAGAUUCUAAUGGUGUCCGUUGGUUCCAUACUGGUGAUAUUGGUGAAAUGUAUCCAAAUGGCACUGUGAAAAUUAUUGAUCGUCGUAAAGAUCUUGUCAAACUUCAAUUCGGUGAAUAUGUUUCGUUGGGAAAAGUUGAAGCAGAACUUAAGUGUUCUACUUAUGUUGAUAAUAUUUGUGUAAUCGGUGAUUCCCUUCAUGAUCAUUUAAUCGCAUUGAUCGUACCAAAUCCAAAAACUAUCAAAACUCUAGCCGAAUCAUUGGGAAAAGGUUAUUUAACUUAUAAAGAAAUCUGUAGUGAUCAAGAGAUUACCGAUGCUGUAACAAAAAAUAUUAUUCAAUAUGCAUCUAAACAAGGAUUGCAUAAAAUGGAAACUCCAGCUCGUAUUCAUUUAUGUUCGGAGGAAUGGCUUCCUGAUAGCGGUCUUGUCACAGCUGCAUUGAAAAUUCGAAGAAAAAACAUUCAUGAUUAUUAUAAAUCGGAAAUCAGAAAUCUAUAUGGCCCGAAUUCUCGUGCCCAAUAAAUUCCUUCACCAUAUCUUUUGUGGCUUGGCUUUUGUUUCCUCACAUGAAAUAAUACAAAUCGUCAUUAAAAAAUCAUAAUUCAGCAAAGGAAAAAUAAUUCAACAUUGUGUGAUACUCUCUUUAAGCUCAUUUCGUUUUUAUUUUUUUUAAAGAAAAAUGUGUCUAUAACAUGAUCAUUAAUUUAUUACUUUUUAUCAUAAAAAUUUAAAUCAUAUAUGAUAUUGAUAAUUGGAAUGUAAA